AAAAUUUAAAAACCGGAAAAUGGUGAAAUUGACCCUAAAUUAUGUGAAAAGAAUUUUAACAAAAAAAAUCUUUUUUGUUCUAAUUUUUCAGCUGUUACUACAAGCCGUCGGUGCUGUGCACAUUCUCCUCUCUUUUUUUCAGCUUCUCAGAUCACCACCACAAGAUCCCAAAAAUCCAAAUGCAACCCAAGUAAAAAAACCAUUUUCCUUUCACAUUGCCGUAUUCAACGAAUUUCUGCAUUUGGGUGUCUGAAAUUAACCCUUCAUAUCUCAGUUUUUGUUCUCAAUUUCAAAGGUUCUGAAUUCGGUUAGAGGCUAAAACAAAGAAAGAAAGAAAAAGAGCUAUGCAUUCCAUAAAAGAUACAGUUUCUGAGAAACUUUCAAGUCUAUUUUCAGCUUCCCCUUCUAAAUCUGUUGAUCAACAAACUCAGGCCAGGCCAUAUACUAAGGAAGGAAAAUCUGUAACAUCUAUACUUUCUUUUCUUCUCCCAUCGACAUAUUCUGAGAAUAUAAGAUAUCGAGAUGAUGUCAAACCACUUCAAUCACAUUCUUUUACGUGGAGAACUAAAAGUUUCUCGUGGCGCAAUAAACCUCUGGAUGAUUUUGAGGAUCACGAUGAUUACAAAGAGAUACCGAAUGUUUAUCCAGAAGAAGGUGAAAAUGGCUGCAUCAAGAGUUCACUUUGUGUAAAGAAGGAAACAGUAAAUACUGACAGGGAUAAUGGAGAGCCUAAUUCCGCAAGUAGCAUUGUCAGCGGUUCCGAAACUUUUGAAGAUGCUCCGGAUAGACACAGUUUUGAGCAGUCCAUGGCCUAUCUAACCACCGAUUCUGUUUUCAUUACUCCGGAUUUAUAUGAUUUUUUCCAGUCUUCCCUUCCUAAUAUAGCGAAAGGUUGUCAAUGGGUCUUGUUAUAUAGCACGGCCAGACAUGGUAUAUCACUUCGUACUCUUAUUCGGAGGAGUGCCGAUGUUUCUGGUCCUUGCUUGCUGAUUACUGGUGAUAAGCAGGGUGCUGUAUUUGGUGGGUUGCUUGAGGCACCGUUGAGGCCUACUGCUAAGAGGAAGUACCAAGGAACAAAUCAAACAUUUGUAUUCACAACUCUAUAUGGUGAACCAAGGUUAUUUAGACCAACAGGUGCCAAUAGAUAUUUUUACUUGUGUUUGAAUGACGUCCUCGCACUUGGAGGUGGUGGAAAUUUUGCUUUAAGCUUGGAUGGUGAUUUGUUAUUUGGCAGUAGUGGACCUUGUGAAACAUUUGGGAACUCAUUCUUGGCACAUGAUCAAGAGUUUGAACUGAGGAAUGUUGAGGUAAUGUUCUGUGUCAAAGAAAGGAGAAAUUCGUUGUGUGCUUUGAUAAGGAUUGGUGCUUAGCUGUUUGUUGUUACUUUACUUACAUUGUGUUUGAUGUUUGCGAUUAGUAUUUUUAGUUUGGUUAGAGUUUUACAUAUCAGUGUAGGUAUAAGUGUGAGAUUUAGAGAAGUGUUAACUUGCAUUUAAGAAUAAAUUAUUUACCAAUACUGAAACGAAAUGGACCCAAAUAUAGCAAUAUAGCGAAAUAGAUAUAAAGGAUUACUUAGGGACUGAAACAUCAAACAUCGCUGAUGGACUGAUUGAAGGAUAAUAGGGGAGAUUCUUAAUUGCUUCAAUUUUGAGAACCAAAACUCUAGGAGGUUAACUUUUAACUGAUGUGACAAGGCACAUAUCAGCGGAAACAAGAAAAGAAUAAAUUGUGUAUUGCUCUCAUUUGUACUUUUAAGGGUCAUAUCAUAAGAGAAACAACGAUGAAUAAUUGUAGGAAAAAAAAAUAGAUUAUUUAUAAAGUUGUUUCAAGUAUAUGGGCAGUUUGCAGAAGUCAAAAUAAUGUUCUUAAAUAAUAUUAUCGCAUGGCUUAGUUAUAAGUUGGUUCAAAUUUGCUAAAAAUGUAUUAUUCUAGGACGGGGACGUUGCAUAUUUGGUAUCAAACUGAUGACAUAUUUGUAUAAAUUCUUCGACAUUUUAUUUUUCUUCUUG